UAUGUCUUUAUCAACCUACCCCUGAAACGUCCCUCUGCCUACUGCUUCUCUCUCAUUUUGUCAGCCCAUAAAUCUUUUUAGUCGUUGUCGGCGCUUCAAAUCUCUCUUUUAUCUUUUCAUAAAGAUUUGCAUCUUCAGGUAACUUCUUUUGCAGAAAUGAAGUCCGUUUGGAAACUGCUCAGGAACUCAUCUAUAUGGAGUUAGUGAAGAAGAGGAAGAAGCAGAACUUUGGAGGGAGAUGGCUUUUUCUCAAGAAUCAUCAGCUCAGGUAAAGGUGGAGAACUCACAAGAUAAUGAGUUCAAACAAAAGGAAGAGUGUGAGCACUCCUUCAUCUACAGGGAUGAUACUGGAGAAGUGUGUUGUGUUUGUGGACUCAUCAAUAGACACAUCGCAAGAAUGAUAGAGUUUGUGUUCAACAAGAGCGGAGAUUCCUCAGAAUCUGAAUUAAGCCCUCAAGGUUAUAAUGGCGGCAAUGGAACUCAUAUGUAUGGAGUUGGUGAAGAAGAAGAAGCACAACUUUGGAGGGAGAUGGCUUUUGCUCAAGAAUCUUUUCAGGUUAAGGUUACUUCUUGUAACGGUGGAGAACUCACGAGAUAACGAUUUCAAACAGAUCGAUGACUGUGUUCACUCCUUCAUCUUCAAGGAUGAUAUUGGAGAGGUGUGUUGUGUUUGUGGACUCAUCAAGAGACACAUCGCAAGAAUGAUCGAGUUUGAGUUCAACAAGGACGACAUGUUAUUGCUUUAGACAAGCCGAAGUGGAGUGGCUAGGGUUAUUUGGUAAUCUAGCAUCAUAUGUGUUAAUCUCUAGUAUCUUCUGCGUAGGAUUAGACAUGAUAAUGGUUUCUUCUUCCUCCUCUCUUAAAGAUCAUGAAACGCUUUGUUCUGCCACACAAGAAUAUAUCAUUUCCUCGCGUUAUUGGUUCU